AUGUACCCCAUUGAUCCAUUCGACCUUUCCAUUGAUCCAAAUGCCUCUUCCACAAUACGUGAUGGAGUUCAUCCACAAGAAGUUAGAAGACACCUGUUUAACGGAAAUAAUUUUCAGGACACAUUUGACCAUAGCAUUGGUGGAGGUUGUCAAAAUGUGAUGUCUCAACAACAGUAUAAUUACCAGUACAAAAAUCAUCUUGAACCUUCGUCAACCAAGUUCUGGAACUCUGCACCGCCCCCAAAUGCACAUGCUAAUAUUGGUUUACUUCAGCAUCUAAAUCCAAUAAAGGAAUCAACCACAAGUAGCAUGGAGUUUCAUGAGAAUAUCGGUUACGGAAUGGAAGAUACUUCCUUUGACUCUAGUUUGGCAAGGCUUAGUGACUCGAGAAUUAAUGCUUCUAGACUGUCGAAGAGUCUGGUACAGCCAACAAGUUCGGGAAGUUUAAGCCACAAGUACACAAAAUCACUGUUGAUAAAUGCCCCGAGUUAUGUGCCUAUACAAUAUACCAGAAACUGUGGUCCUGGUACUGGUCCUGGCACUGGCACUGGUACUGGUACUGGUACUGGUACUGGUACUGGUACUGUAAAUUCAAAUUAUAGGUAUUCCGCCACUGCUUCGUCCUCGGGGAGUGCAGGCAUGAGUUCAGGAACAAAGUAUGGAGGUACUGAAGCUGACAAGUCGAGCAGUACUAAAAACUCUUUGUCUACUGAGCAGAUGAAAGAGGAGUUGAAUAAGCUUAAAGGAGAGGUGUUGAUCAAAAAUCAAAUUAUCAAGAAUUUGACUGAUCAAGUUCGUGUGAUGAAUAAAAACAGAUCCAAAAAGAUGUAUGUUGAGGUUAGGGAUGAUUCAGAGCAAAAUACAGUCUCUCCUCUUGGUGGGGAUGCUUCUGCUUCUGCUUCUGUUGGUGGUGGAGCUGGCGGUGCUGGUGGUGGUACACGUCUUGAAUCUGCCACCACGUAUCAUAUCCCUGUAAAUCAUUAUCAAUUGUUUCAAGACUUAUCCAAAACUCUUGAAGAGAAGAUGACGGAGUUGGAUGAGACAAACGAGAGGUUGGAGAUUAUACUCAUUUCGCAAGACCUUGUACAGAAACAAGGCUUUGCUAGUGGAAUUAAUGUAGAGCAAUUGAGUCAGAAUUUGCUUUACAAAUUGCAGAAUUUGCAACAGGAAAAUGAAGAAUUGGUAGAGAUGGUGAGUUUCGGUAACACCACAAGUUUAAAGAUUGAAAAUGGGCUCUUGAAGAGAGAAAUUAGACAGUUGAGAGAGAAACUUGGAAACAGAGCAGAGAUGGACGAGUGCAAAGCAAUAGAGGAUAAAGAUGCAAAAAGAAAAGAAAAGAAGUUAUGA